GCGGCGGCGCCGGGGGUGCUCCGCGCCCUCGCCCUGCCCGCGGUGCAGUUAAGAUGCGCCCCGGACGCCGUGCGGUUGCAGCGCGGCGGCGCUGACAUCGCUCACCAUGGACAGCUUCGACUUAGCUCUCCUUCAGGAGUGGGACCUGGACUCUCUGUGUGUCUACGAGCCGGAUAGAAACGUGCUGCGAAGGAAAGAAUGGGAAAGGAGAAAUCAGGAGGCCCAGCAGGAGGAUGGCGCGUUUAACACAAGUUACUCCCUCUUCAGUGAACCGUACAAGACUAACAAGGGGGAUGAGCUCUCGAAUCGCAUCCAGAAUACGCUGGGCAACUAUGAUGAAAUGAAAGACUUGUUAACUGACCGAUCAAACCAGAGCCACCUUGUUGGGGUUCCAAAACCUGGGGUUCCUCAGACAUCUCUUCCCAAGCCCGAUGAACAUCUUAUUGCAGACUCGAGACCGCCGCCUCCUCCUCCCAUUUCCAGCACUACUUCUUCCACACCAGCAGCCCUACCUGCCCAGCAGAGCAAAAGCACUACGAUGGGUUGGCAGAAGGCCGGGCACAAUGCCGCUUCGGAUGGCCAGCAGAGAGCGAGCAAGCACGGGCACCGGUCGCUGGAGUCACACAAGGGUGACUUCAAACUGGCGAACCAAAAAUCCAGUCUGGAGAAACUCAAACGCUAUGCAUCGAGUCCCACCUCCUCCUCCUCCUCCUCCUCCUCCUCCUCCUCCUCCUCCUCCUCCUCCAACACUGCCCAGCAAAGCUCUCUGAGGGCCACACUAGGAGACAACGUCAACAGAGUGCAGCAGCCGGCAAAGCUCAAUUGUAGCUCAGAAGGAGGAGCUCAAGCGCAAGAAAGGACAGCAAAGCAUGGUGGCGGGCACUGCGUCCAAAACUUCCCACCCUCUCUUGCUUCGAAGCCCAGUCUGGUUCAGCAGAAACCGACAGCUUAUGUAAGGCCAAUGGACGGUCAAGACCAGGCUCCUGAUGAGUCUCCAAAGCUGAAGUUACCAGCAGAGACAACCAAGUCGUAUAGGGGAGUGCCUUCUAACAAGCCUGAUUCGGCCAGGACCAAGUCAAAGAUAGCCAAGUUCAGCAUUCCUAAGCAAGAAGAGGACAGUGGAACAGGAGAUAACAGCUGCAUUGAAGAAAUAUUGCGGGAGAUGACUCAUUCAUGGCCUCCGCCACUGUCAGCUAUUCACACCCCAGGAAAGGCAGAACAAAGCAAGUUUCCCUUCCCGAACAAGGAGUCACAACAGGGAUCUACAGGACACAGCAAUACAAGGAAAAGUGAUGUAGAGCCAAAGAGUCCAGAGAAAAGCGCAACCCAUACAUCAAUGCUAGAAGAUGACCUCAAGUUAAGCAGCGAUGAAGAAGAAAAUGACCAGCAGGCAGCACAGAGAUCUGCUCUCCGCGUUCUAUCUGACAGCCUGGUGGUGCCGCAGUCCAACGCCCGAGCCUCGGGACUCUCCAGCAAGGGGUCCAGCAGCAGCAGCUCCAGUGAAUCCGAGACCAGCUCAGAGUCUGACUCAGAGAGCGAAAGCAGCUCCAGCGAGAGUGACGGCAGCAAGCCCUCGCAUUAUUCCAGCCCAGAGCCCGAGCCGCCCUCAUCCAACAAGUGGCAGCUGGACAAGUGGCUAAAUAAAGUCACCCCGCACAAAGCACCCAUCCUGACCCACCAUGAUGGCCCACCGCUGGAGGCCCAUCCCUACUACGGCCGCGUGAAGGCAGAGCGGCAGGAAAGCGAGAAGACCCCGGCCGCCGGCCCGGCCGAGCACCGCAGUGGGGAGGGCCGUGCCGCCGCCACCACCGCCGUCGCGGACGGACCACGGCCCAGGACCGCCAACAAAGCACCGGGCAGCAAGGGCAGCCGGCAAAAGUCACCCCCCGCCGCCGACGGCGGGCCUCCGAGGCGGGCGGCAGGGAAGAAGGCGCCGCGGCGGGCCGAGAGGACCUCUGCUGGGGAGGGCCCCCACUGCCCCAGUGCAGAGGAGCCCCCCGGGAGCCACAGCUUUCCGGAAAGCACCGCUGGCGAGGCACCGAGGGCCCGGCCCGGCGGCGGCGGCAGCGGCGGCGGUGGUGGCUGCAGAGCGGGUCACCGCCGCGAGCCCCGCUCGGCCGCAGCCGGCGAGAAGCGUCGGGCCCGCGGGCCGAGCAAAACGGCGCCCAAAUCCAAGGAGUUCAUCGAGACCGAGUCUUCGUCCUCGUCAUCCUCCUCCGACUCGGGCUCUGAGUCGGAGCGGGAGGAGCGUCCGCUGCCCAAGGCGCCGCCGGCGGCCGGGGCUGAGCCGCGUGCCAAGGACGCGGGGACCGGCGCCGCCAGCAAACCCCACGGCGGCUGCAGUGCCUUUGGCUCCAUUAAUGCCAGGACUAGUAGUGAAAUAGCAAAGGAGCUGGAGGAACAGUUUUACACCCUGGUUCCUUUCGGUAGGAAUGAGCUCCUGUCUCCUCUGAAAGACAGUGAUGAGGUAAAGUCGCUGUGGGUCAACAUUGACUUGGCUCUUUUGUCCAGGAUUCCAGAGCGUUUGCCCGAAGAGCCACUGGCCAUGAGCGCCGGAGCAAACCAGCCGGCCAGCCUCCCGCAGGGUAGUAGUGCUGACCCCCCCGCAGAGAAAGGUUUACCGAAAUCUAGAAGGAAACGCAAGUGUGAGAAUGAGGAAGAGUGCAGAGACAUCAAGAAGACUCACUUAGAGCGAGAGAGUUCUUCACGAUUAGCUGCCUCUGCCCACAGCAUCACAACAGCAAAUCACUGCAAUAUGAAUGAAAAUAGCUUGGCAAUACCAAUAAAUAAAAAUGAGAAAAUGCUUCGGUCACCCGUCUCUCCCCUCUCUGAUGCAUCAAAACACAAAUACUCCAACGAUGAUUUAACUUCCUCCAGCAGACCUAAUGGCAGCAGUCUAUUACCUUCCAUCUCCUCCAGCAAAAAACAUAAGGGUGAAAUCCAGUCGCAGCCACAUCCCGGAGACUUCAAUAAAGCAAUUCACAUCAAUUCAGAAAAUGUUCUUCUCUGCAAUAAGCCACAGUCCCAAACAGAGCCUUGGUCACCUCUGUCCAGCACACCCAGGGACUGCAGAAGGACAAAGCUUAUCUUUGAUGAUAUGCCACGCAAUGCAGAUUACUUUAUGCAGGAAGCUAAACGGAAGAAGCAUAAAGCAGAUGCAAUGGUGGAAAAGUUUGGGAAGGCACUGAAUUAUGCAGAAGCAGCACUAUCGUUCAUUGAGUGUGGAAAUGCAAUGGAACAAGGCCCAAUGGAAUCUAAAUCCCCUUAUACAAUGUAUUCAGAAACAGUUGAACUCAUCAGGUACGCAGUGAGACUAAAAACCCACUCAGGCCCCAAUGCCACGCCAGAAGACAAACAGCUGGCAGCAUUAUGUUACCGCUGCCUGGCCCUUCUGUACUGGAGGAUGUUCCGACUCAAGAGAGACCAUGCAGUCAAGUAUUCGAAAGCGCUUAUUGAGUAUUUCAAGAAUUCAUCAAAAGCUGCCCAGAACCCAUCUCCUUGGGGUGCCAGUGGAAAGAGCACAGGAACUCCAUCACCGAUGUCGCCUAGCCCUUCUCCAGUCAGCUCUGUAGGAUCCCAGGGGAGCACAGGGGCCCCUUCCCCAUCUCCUAUCAUCAGCAUCCCACAGCGCAUUCAUCAGAUGGCCGCCAACCACGUCAGCAUCACCAACAGCAUCCUGCAUAGCUAUGACUACUGGGAGAUGGCUGACAACCUGGCCAAGGAAAACAGAGAUUUUUUUAACGACUUGGACGCAUUGAUGGGACCUAUCACCUUGCACAGCAGUAUGGAGCAUUUAGUUCAGUACACUCAACAAGGACUUCACUGGGUGCGGAAUAGCGCUCACUUGUCAUAAUGACUGUGUGCCAUUCACAUGGACAGUAUACCUUCCAUGGAUAAUUCAGUUAUUCUGGACACUGUGCUACAGAAAUAGUCAACCACAGCAUUGAUCCAAACAAAGGUGAAUAUUUCUUCAACACUGAGCAAAAUUUUUCUGAGUGUAGACAUGUAUGUGUGCAUAUGUACAAUAUACAAUGAUGUCUCUUCAGAAUGAAUUGUUCUGUACCACUCUCCAAACAUCUUCACACACUAGAAAUACUAGAAAGAACUGAUCUUAAUGCACAAAACAUACCCUUUCUAUUCUUGUGCUGAAAAACUCAGAAACCAAAAUCUCAUGGGCUGAUUGAACCAAGUGCAAUAAGCACAGAUCCCUAUUCAGGAAAGCUCUCAAUAGAUUCUUAACUUUAAGCUUGUACUGAAAUCCCAUUGACUUCAGCAGAGCUUAAGCACGUACACAAGGGCCUUCCUGGACUGGAAUGAAUGAGGGCAAAUCAUAGACAUGGAGAGCUUUUACUGCGAGCAUGGACACGCCACAGAAGUUUCAAUAUUAGCGUGCCAUCUCCCUGUUACUUCCCCGCUGGGGCACACAGAGGAGUUGCGUAGUCCACAUCAAGUUGGAGAAAGACGGCAUUCCUUCAUGUGCAAUAAGUUUCAACAAAUUGCAUGCAUUUCUUUAUCUCCUGUCUUUUUAAAUAACUUUACCUCUUGUUCAGCUCCUCACCAACAGUAUAACCUACCAGUAUCAAGCAAAAAGCCUGAAAACAGAUAUGCUGAUAGCAAGAACUUAAAGGAGAUGGUCGAAAAUUGCAUUCUGUUACUGACACUAAAGAGAUAAAUUAAAAAAUAUGGCAAACUGCUAUCCACUUAGUAAAGAAAAUGUGUUAAUUUCAGCUGCGUACACACAGAGGGACAGAGAGAUAUCUGUAACAGUUGUUGGCUUUGCAUGGGAAGGCUUCAUCCCACAGAUUUUGACUUUCAUAUCUUUUUCAUCUAGCAGAAGCUUGCAGCAUUUUCUUGUAGGCUGUAUGGGAGCAUUACAUGCAAUUUCCUUUAUCUGGGAAGCUGAGUUUGCUGCUCAUCAGGCUAAGAACUGUUUCCUAUCAUAAUCCUCUCACUCUUCAUGCAUAAUCCUCAACUAGGCUUUAAUGUUUCUUGAUUUAUGGGAUGUUUUCAAUUCCUGUUGACAGGCUGUGUUUUUCAUGCCAGAAGAAUUAAUCCCACAAUAAUUGGAGUUUAAUUUGGGUCAGCUGGGGUCAAGGCCAGUUCAUAUCAACUGUGCUUGCAUUCGGUGCAUUUUUGUUCAUUUUCAGUGGUUUUCACACAUUUAGUUUUCUUUUUCUGUGUCGGAGAUACAGGGGUUUUGCAUCAGAUUUACAGCCUUUACUCAAGUCAGCAGCUCCAGUGACUUUCAAUGGACUGUUCUUGUCCAAGUCAGUGGUUGGACCCUUUGAUUUUUGUUUUCUAAUCUAAUUUACUUAUACCUUAAGGAAAUGUGAGUACAAAAGACUCUUUCAAUAGAAGAUACAAGUAGAAGUAGCCACUGAUAUCGAUGGUUGAUUGAUUGGUCCUUGCUGCCUUUUUUUUUCCUCCCCCAUUUUUGAAGAGCUGCAUUUUGAAAAAAAGAUACCAAACAGUGCGGCACGUUUGCUCAGUAAAAAGUCUUUGGUAACACAGGCUGUAUGUACCCUGUGGUAAAGAGCGGGCUUGAGAGCACACUGAGCCCCACAUACCUGCAUAUUUUGGUCAAGGCUGCUUACCAUAGCUCCAGCUGUCACUCAGAGCAUUCACCCUGUUCUUUGAAGCAGCUCAGCGGGGUAGCUACUGAGGAACCGCUCAGCCCCAAGCCAUCCUGAGCUGAUAUUUAUGUGCCCAUUGGUGCUCAGAUACUUCUCCCACAAGAGAAGUCCUGAGCUCAGGCUAUGGUCACCUCUUAGCAUGGUCUUGAGUGUUACAGCGUGGCUGGCUUUAAGAGUGAACAUGGACCUGCCUUUAAAUGACAAAAUACACAUCCUUCAAGUCCUCCCAUCACUCUUAACUCUGGCUGUUACCCACCCCAGAAGGAACACAAUUUGUUUGGUCACAAGUAUCGUGGAGAACUUGAUCGGUGCCUUUCUGUUUAUCACUUGCCUGAUCUUCAGCUGUGGAAGUCUGUCGUGAUUUACUAGACUAGUAGCAAUGGAUUCUCUCAGCUGCUUCAAUACCAUAUGAAGGUACUGUUGGAUUUCUCCUCAGAUUAGGAAUGUGAAAUUCCAGUUAGACUAGCUUCUGUUUUCUUUGACGGUGCCUAUGAUGUUUAUCUUCAGAUAAGUUUGGGGGUUUUGGAGCCCUUACUGCUAUUUAAUGUUGAGAAAUUUUAGAAGUGACAUAUAUUACUUGCCUUAAAUGGAGUUUAGUUUUAUUGCACAUGUGGCAUUUGAGUUUCAAAUAUGGAACUUUGAAGCAUGUUUAUUUUACUAAGAUCGGGAUAUUUUUCUUAAUCACGAUGAACUCUUUGUAUGGAUGUAAUAUGUCAAGAAACUUCAAAGAAAUGCAAGAAUUAAUGCUGUCCUGUUGUAACAUUUCCAAGUACUAAGGAUCUCAUGUAGAUGAUUGUCCUUUCUUGUACCUUGUUCUUAUAUGGAAUUAUUCCAGCUAAAAUACCCAUUACUUCCAUGGAAAAACACGCUGGGUUUUAGUUCUUGUGCUGGCAUCAUCUGUGUUGUCUGAUGAGCACACUGAGCCUUAACUUCUGGUGGUGUAAGAGGAUGAAAUAGCAGCCAUUUAAACCAACUAGAUGUAUAAAUGGAUUAGGGCUUUUGGCCUUCUCUCCAUAGGGUUUAUUGCAGCUAUACUCUUUUGGUGAGGUUACUUAGAAUACUCUUUUGUGCAGACUAUUUGCUGUAUAUGGUUGCUGCUGUUUAGAUGACUGAAUGUGGCAUGGUGACAACAAAUACUUCAUUUCAUCUUCUUAGGGCCUGCUCUGGAAAAGUGCAUGUGGCUUUUAGGUCUGGUCCAAUUAAGCAUAUGCUCCACGUUAAGAACCUGAAUAGUCUUAGGCACCUCGCCAUGAGUCAAAGGUGCUCUGUGUGUUCUGGAUGGGACCAGAGGAGACUGUCCUUUGGGGUUGCAUGAAAGACACUGGCUUGUUUUAAUCUGUUGUAAAAGUCCAGGAACAUGCAGGCUUCUUUACGCCAUAGCAAUGUUCAGGUUCAUUUGGGGAAAGUAAGAAGUCAUUCUGUACAAAUCCAGAAGGAUUAUGCCUGGAGGAAGAGGUUUUCUUACAAACAGAGGCUUCUGAAUCAGUCAGGGUUGGUAAAGCAAUGGGAAUGGAUUCAACGGAACUAUGUAUUGCAGGUGGAUGCAAAAAAUACAGAGCAGCCUAUAGGAUCCUCACAGACAGCAAGAUCAUACAGACCCCUUGGGCUUAAUCCUUUAUAGUAGUCUGUGGUGGCAUGAGUGACAGGUAAGAACAAAACAUAUGCAGAGGUUCAAGUGUGGCCAAAAGCCAAGCAUAGUCCUCCCUGUCGCAUGGCAGGAUAUCCCAACCCCUUGUUUGCCUAUUCUUUUAUCCAAAUAUCGCAGGGCUCCAAAGGAAGAGAUUAUAGUGAACAGAGGACCUUAGGUAAAGGAGGUUAAGAAGACCAAGCCCUAAGUGUAGAUACAAACACAUAUGUAUAUACUGUAAAUCUAAAUAGUAAUAAAAGUCACUCAGCAUGAAGGAUAUUACUAGUGCCUACCAUUGAUCAUCAAGUAUUCAUCACUGAGCAGCCAUACCACCUCAGAAGUGCAGUAGCUGUUAUCAAAAUAAUUUGUGUGGCUAAUUAAUUUAUAAGAAAUGCACCUUUGGGACUGUGCCAUAGUAUCUCUCUUGUAAUACAAAUGUUCAACCAUUUUUCAUGGCUACUGAUUCAAAUCUACAACACUGAAAUGUCAGGAUAUCUUUUUUUCCCUAGAUGAGGACAUAUACUUAGACCUGGCUAAUCUGUGCUUAGUUUAUCUACCCAAGAGACUUUAGUAGUCACCAGCCUUAACGCAUGUACAGUAUAUACUAUUCACUGAUUUAGUUGUAGGUUUUAAUCCGAAUGAAAUUGGAAUUUGUGAAAUGACUUGGAUUAAUGGCAUCUGCCUCAGAUAUCCUGCAGAUGUGACAUUAAAUGAUUCGUGAUUUUAAGCAGGAAAGGUUGAAUUUUAUGUAAAUAACAGUGGAUGAAUUCCUUAAUCUUUUUACAAGAAGUUUUUUUUAAUGAAAAGAUUGUCAAAGCAAUAGGUAUUUUAACUCUCCUAAAUUUUCUGGAGGGUCAUGGCUUCAUGGUCAAAGCUAUAUUAAGAACAUCUCCUUCUGCAAUAUGCCUUGCCUUUACAUAAUCCUCUUAUUGCUUAAUAUGUCAGAAAGAAAUGUUUCUUUUUCACAGCGAUAGCAACGUUUCCCUCCCCCAUUCAGGGAGAAUCCUCAAACUAAAGAAUAAAAUCUCUUGGCACAAUAGAAAUACAAACAAUGCCUGAAGAAUAUGGACUUGUUAAGAUAACAAUAGAAGUUUGGCUGGCACAGACCUAACAUGCCUCUCGUUUUGGUAUCUUUUUGUGAGCAUUUACAUCACAUAUUUGAACUCAUUGUGUUUGAACUAGAGAAUUAGUCUGAUUUUCAUGUCUUAAAAAGACCUAGUAGGUCUGAUCACUAUCAUAAUUAUAAUUGUUACAUUAGCUUAUGGGCUGUGCACUGAGGGCUGGGAAGGCAAUGUAACCAUAGAUAAAUUUGUCAGAAUGCAUUCAGAAAAGCAUUUGGAUGAUCUUAUGUCUAGUCUGUCUUAAAAACUGGAGAACAUUGUCUUUCACCCAAUAUUGUUAACAUGAAAAUUUGGCUACUUUAAUGUCUCUCAUAAACCUACCAUUUGCCCUCAAUAAGGCCAAGACUCCAUUUCCAGCGUCACUGGUUGCCAUGAUGUAAAUUGUUCUUAAGGUUAAUUAACAAACUGAGAAGGUCACUUUAGGCCCUGUUUGUGCUUACUUCACUAAAGCUACAUAGAGGAAAAACACUACAAUUUGGAGCAUCCAAGGCUUCAUCGUUCUUUCAAAAGACUAUGGUUUUUCCUCAGUGAGACAGGCAGGAUUCAGCUGGGGCUAUUUCUUCAAGUAAUUCCUCUGCCUCCGCUUGCUGUCUGGCUCUAUUGUUCUUGGUAUUCCGCAAGUAUGCCUGCACUUUCGGGGGUGUUUUCUACUUUGGCAGUCCAACCUACCUUUCAAACGGGAUGCUAAAGCAUGGAGCAAGUAACCCGCAGAUUGCAUAAAGGGCCUUGCUUUCCCCCACAAAACUGGCAGCAAAUACAGCAAGGCUCCUUCUCUUUUCCGAUCUGUGUAGCUUGAAUCUCACACACUGUAGCUUGAAUCCCAGCCUCAUCCAUGCUGCCCUUGAAGGACUCCAGAGGGUCCAAGGAAAGCAACAGAAUGACGAAAAAAAUGGGGAUUUCCUCUGUCCCAAGGCGCAUAUUCCUUUUUGGGAGUGAAUAUAUAGAACAGCAUGGAUCAUAAGGCACUCAGGUCUCAUGUUUCUCAUAUGUACUAACACAGGGAUACUUAACACUUAUCUGCCUCAUAGGGCUUUAUGAGAAUUAAUUAAUGUUUGCAAAUCACUUUGUAUCCUCAGAAGGAAAGUGCUGUAGAAGAGCUAUGGAAAAAACUGCUAAGUACACUGGAUGAAUUUCACCCCUGAGUCCAGAGCUGCAAGACCCUCAAAAUCCUUAAAUACCAUGUAAGCUCUCAAUGUAAGCACCAGAGUAUAUAUAACUUGUGCUUAGCACUGAGGGGAGUCACAGCCUAGGUGAAAUUGCCGUUCCCAGAGUAUCUAUAACUUUGAUCCUGGUAGAGAGCAAGAAUCGCAACAGUACAUAAUGGGACGAGCAGCAUAGGUUAACCAAGUGCCGUGUAGCCAUCCUAAGAAUUUCAAAUCUUUUUGUGUCUUUGAGCCACUUUGUCUUUCUGUGAAAGAAAUUUGCCCCCCCAGUUGUACCAAGUGUAUUUCUCAUAACAGCCUCAGAAGUAUUCAAAUCAUUUGUUAUUCCAAAUCCAGCUUCAAAUAGCUUCAAAUCAAUGGAAAUUUUCUUUUAGAAUGGUGCAUUGCAGAGGGGACUUAACAAAACAUAAAAAAAAAAUUGUCUCUCAUAACAAAACAAGUGUCUGUGAUGCACAUUACCAGUAACUGAGCUGGGAAGAUAUGUUGGGAGCACAAUGUUCAGGGAGUUAUCUUCCCAAAUCACACCAUCGUUAGCCAGCACCCCCAGGUCAUACUCCCAGCUCUGUUCUGGCACAUUACCUCUAGAAGUCAUCAAUAAAGCACUUCACCAAGGAUUGGACACCAGUCAAGUCAACAAAAUGUUUCUAUUGCUGUUCAUGUUAUUCAGGCAAUACUAACAAAUUCUUCCUUCCUUAGCACCAGUUAUCCUUUUCUCCUCCACUUGGCAUUCUUAGAUAUGGAAUUCUCACCCUGUCAACAGACAUGAAAGGAAAUACUUCCUGCAGGAACAAGCUAGACAUAGAUAACAUUUACCAAACAUUAGCAAAGGACAGGCCCUUCUUAGUCAUUUUCUCACUUCCAUUUUGGAAAAUACUUGUCUUGAAAAAGGAUAUUUUCAUUUGCAGUUCGGAUUUAUCGUAGAAUCAGAGAAUGGUUUGGGUUGGAAGGGACUUUAAAGAUCAUCUAGUCCAAGCCCCCUGCCAUGGGCAGGGACAACUUCAACCAGACCAGAUUGCUCAGAGCCCCAUCCAGCCUGGCCUUGAACACUUCCAGGGAUGGGGCAUCCACAACCUCUCUGAGCAACCUGCUCCAGUGCCUUACCACCCUCACAGUGAAGAAUUUCUUCCUUAUGUCCAAUCUAAAUCUACCCUCCUUCAGUUGAAAACUGUUGCCCCUUCCCCUGUCACUACAGGCCCUGGUAAAAAGUCUUUCUCCAUCUUUCUUAUCAGUUCCCUUCAAGUAUUGAAAGGCCACAAUAAGGUCUCCCCGGAGCCUUCUCUUCUCCAGGCUGAACAACAGCAACUCUCUCAGCCUGUCUUCAUAGGAGAGGCAUUCCAGCCCUCCGAUCAUCUUGGUGGCACUCCUCUGGACCUGCUCGAACAGGUCCCUGUCUUUCUUGUACCGGAGACCCCAGAGCUAGACGCAGUACUGCAGGUGGGGUCUCACCAGAGCAGAGCAGAGGGGCAGAAUCCCCUCCCUCGACCUGCUGACCACACUGCUUGUGAUGCAGCCCAGGGUACGGUUGGCUUUCUGGGCUGUGAGCACAUGUUACCAGCUUGUGUCCAGCUUUUCAUCCACCAGUACCACCAAGUCCUUCUCCACAGGGCUGCCCUCAAUCAGUACAUCCCCCAUCUGUAUUGAUAUUGGGGCUUGGCCCAACCCAGGUGCAGGACCUUGCACUUGGCCUUGUUGAACCUCAUGAGGUUCACACGGGUCCUCUCCUCAAGUCUGUCAAGGCCCCUCUGGAUGUCAAGGUCCCUUUGGGGGUCUGCCUUCACAAACAAGUCCAUCUUCCAUUUGCAUAAGGUGCUGUAUGGGAAGAUAGGAACUUCUGGCUUUCUCCAGCAAAUCACACAUAGCUAACUAAUGUCAUAUCAAUACAGUAAUUCAUUUAUUAGCUCCUCAGCCUUUCAUUUUGCCUUCAUGGCCCCACAGUCAGCUCUUCCUGCAGUUCUAGACAUUUUCUUCCUCAACCCCAUCUCCCAGCCUAGGCUUGUGACAUACAGGACAAGGUAGAGCUGAAAUUACUCACAGGAAAGAAGAUGGAGGGCAGUGCAGAGGUGCUCCGAGCAGCUCGAGACCUUUCUGCGUUCUUCUCGUGUUACUGAUCUGCUUGAAUAAGCAUUGCUGCUUUAUGGCCCUGCAGUAGAACCAGCAGGAACUGGUGGUCUCACACCUGUGCAAGGACCUUUUUUAGGCCAUUAAGGACACACAAUCAGCCUUGUAACAAUUCACUGGGGUUAAAUAGCAAGAGAAGGUGGAAUGGGAGAGAAACAAGGUCCUAAAUUAAACACAGAAGUUGGGAUUCACCUCAUCUUGUACUGAAGGUCUAAAAUAAGCACAACGAAUCACACCCUAGAAAGGCUUGUUUCUGUCCACUGGCUACAAAGGGAAUUUAGGUGAUAAGCUCAAAUAUAGAGGUGCUACAAAUCCCACCCCAGCUAACAAGAGUGCCUGCUGAAAUUGGUAAAUAUCUUAGGAUGCGCUGAUGUAGGAUGGGCCUAAGAUCACGUUGGGAGGGAGCAGAUAUGCAGGAAAAUAGGUAUGUGGUAAAGACAUUUAUUUCUGAGUUGUUUAAAGCAUACGUUUUAGACUUGGACCAUCUCUUGUCCACUCUCUAAUUCACUGCAUCCAAAUCCAAAGUAAGUAGUUCCCUGAGGACUGAAUGUGCACCUUUCUUCUAUUAAGAUUACUGAAAUAUCAAGAAAAUAUAUUUUACAGUUUACUAAACACUCACAGGCACUUUUUCCAUAUGUGUUCUGGAAGUAGAGCUGGCUUCCCUUAAACAGAAGAAACAGUCUUUCUGUAGAUGGCAAAAGAGAAGAGAUUGGCUGUGAGCCCACAUAAGGCCAAUAUUACUCUUUUUUAUGGAAAUUCAACAGCAUUUUUCAAUUCAUUAUGUGAAAAUGGCAAUUUUCUCCAUGAUGAACAGCCUGUAGGCCACCCCGGACCACCUAAAGCUUGUGGCCUGCCUGCAGACCAGCAGUCCCACAGCAGCUCCCAGGGCUGGCCAGGCAGUGUCCCUUGCUGCCGGUGGAGGCAGAAAGAGCGAUGUUGUGUUGAGAACUUCAGAGCAGCCAGAUUAAGGUGUGCUUGAGGUGCCACUGGUAGGCCGUCUCUUUCUGCAGACGGCAACCGGAGGGGUGGGAGCCGAGGCAGAGGAUCCAGGCAGUGUGAGAGCUGCUCUCCGGGCAGCCCGAGGCUAACCCCUGGUCCUCCUGUGCAGGGACAUUGCUCCGUGCUGACCAUGGCAGAUGGAGACGAUAACUGCUGUAACAAAUCAUGGCUGCACACACACUUACUGCUUACAGCAACUCCCUGCCUUCCUGGGUGUAUUACUAAUGAAAACCUGGACUGCGGUGGGGUUCGCUGGCCAGGGCCAUGUUGGUAGGCAUCCUACAGAGACUCUCUUCCAUGGAGCUGCCACCAUGCAGAAGCCAAAACCAAACCACACUGCGGGUGGGUGGGGAAGACGGUACAGGGCAGCCAAAAUAACAAGAUUCUUAAAUUUGUCAUUACUUCUCCAGCCAGUUGCAAUAAUUGCAGUAGUCCUGAUUCCCUCCCCAUUUCCCACGCCGCGUGUAGCACCAGUGGCUGAAAAGGCAAUGCGGCGGUCCCAGUGCGGGGUCCAGCCACCGACCGUUCUGCCGGGCGCACUGGCAGUGCAGACGGUGCAUGGCGGGAUACUGGCGCUUUGCGACUCUUCCCCACCUCCCCUUUUCACUCAGCAAACUUCUACGCGAGUGUCCCUCGCCAGAUGAGGUACGCAAAGAUCAGCUUAUGACCAGAUUUGUUUUUGUUACGAACCGCAGAAAUGCAUUUCCAUAUUUCAUUUACAGCAACAAACGUCAGCAGGUUUUUUUGUAGAAUUAUUCUAGUCAGGAUGGCUUUAUUUGCAGCUUAUAAAAUGUCGCUGAUCUUUCUCUCCGAGGGUGUGCUACCUGAGGCCUCCCCCACCCAGCCAAAGCUAUAGCAGUUUAUCUUUCCACUGACCAUAAUCCCACAAUAUGUCCCCAUACAGCAGGCAAUAUUGUUUACACAGGUUAAUAAACAGAGUAUUCUGUACAGUAAUUUAUGCUGUAAAGUAUGUACAUAUAUCACGGUAGCAGUCACAAAUGCUUUAAACUGCCUUAUUUAUUAGAUCUGUUAGCAUUUCCCCCCGUGCUCCAGAAUGCUUUAAAUUAUUUUUACCUUUCACAUUAGGUAUUUUUUUUAGUUACUGCAUUUUGACCCAAUUAUUGACAAAAAAAAAGAAAUUGGUCUUUACAGUAAGUAGAUAUCUAAAACUUAGGUAGAAAUAGCAAAUUCACUGCCCAUCCAACUAAUACAGCUCUGAUUAUGAUUAAAAUUAAACAUGGCAUACUCUUAUCUGUGUAUCAUAAUAUGUGCCAGAAAUCAUAUUCCACUUGUGAUCAAUACAAACAAGAGCUUUAGCAACUUUCACCUAUUUCAUUCUUCCAUUGUGAGACAAAAAAAAAUAAUAAAUUACUUAAUCUAAAAUGUUCCCCGUGUGAGCCCUGGCCUUAUUCCUCCCUCAGGCAAAACUCAUAUUGACUUCAGUGGGAGCUUUACCUAAGUAAAAGUACAACAUAGGAACAUUACAAAAAUAAAUAUAUCACGUAUGAACAGUACUUGUGCUUUGUAGUCAUUCCUUUUCUCUUUAGUAAGCAACAUAGGGUAAACGCUACAUCUGUAACGCUCCUGUCUUGCUCCUGUCUCACUCCUUCCUUUUUGCUGUACGAGUAAAAAAUUGAGAUUCAAAACCAAUUGUAUUUGUUCCAUUCGCUCAAGCAAAAUAGAAAUCUUUUGGGGAUCAGUUCCGAGUCAAACUAGAUAAUGCAAGAAAAUUUUGCUUUUGUUUGUUUUCAUGUUAAAUUAUGUUACACAAUUAAACAGGUUCAUGUGUACAAAGGCAAUGAAAUUAUUAAUGACUUGUUUUACUGUUUGGAGAUUUUGCUAUGUCCACAGUUCAUACAAAACUCAUGUAGCACAGUUUCUGGGAUGGUGAAAAAUCCUACUGUAAUGUAACAGAAUGAGCCUUAAGGAUUUGUAAGAAUAAGCACUUUUAUAUUAAAAAGCAAAUAUUAAUUCAUCAGUAAGAUUACUUUUUUAAUGUGACAAUAAACCAUGAAAUCAACAUCCUUCUGUCUCAA